UCAGAGAGCUGAGCAAACUUCUGUUACACACAGUUACGAUGAAAGUGUUUGAGGCUUCCUUUGUGAAAUACUGAAAACUACAGAGGGACACUAAAUCAUAAAGGGGCAGUGAAACUAUGGAAAUACCAGCAAUAAAUCUCAAGGCCAUCGUGUUGGCUCACUGGUUACUGACAAUCUGGGCAUGUUCGAUCACCUGGCUUCCUACUUCUUACGUGUUGGGGAACGUGAGUGCUCUUGCAGUGGGAGUGUGGGCCAUUGCACAGAGAGACUCCAUAGACGCUGUAUUAAUGUUCUUGAUUGGAUUGGCAGUGACCAUCCUGACUGACAUUGUUCAUUUUGGGCUGUACUAUGCGGAGGUUGAAAGCCAUUAUGAGAGAAACCUGGACUUGUUCCGCUUUUGUGGGGGCAUGGCCAUCCUGAGCCUGCUGCUCAAACCUGUUUCCUGCGUCUUUGUCUACCAGAUGUACCGUGAGCGGGGUGGUGAAUACAACGUCAACUUCGGUUUUCCAAGGAUAACUCGAAACAGAGAUGCCUACCAGUCCAUUGACCACCAGGACCAGUCUGGCAGCUCUGCCAGCUCCUACAACCAAGCAGAAGGUGGCAAACCUGGGCCAAGUUCCUACUAAACAAAGACCAAACCCAAGAUAUAACCAACCAGCUUUCUUUGCUACCAA